GAUCGGUGUUCAUUUCUGGAGAAAUCAGCUGCAAUAAUCCCAUGUCCUGUUACGAUUCUGAGGCUUGUGGAGAUGAUAACCAUAAUUUUCGCCCCUCUGUAUGCAGUCGGUCGUCUCGAGAAUCUCCUGUUCAGAAUGGGAAUUUGGAUACUGAAAGGAAUAUUGGCACCAGUUUGUCCAGUAACUUGUUUUGGCGCAGCAGAAGUCAGCCUCCGUUUGGUGAAACUGUGAACCAUAUGAAUGCAGCCUGUGGACCUAGUUUUCUCAAUACAGAGUCUAACCAACAAGUAUCUGCUAUUGGUCCUACUGAUUCUGUUCAUACACUGGGAAGUUCGCACUACACGACUGGAACUGGUCUUUCCAGCAGCGCUCGUUCUGUUGGUUUGUCCAACUCAAACAGAAUUUCCAUGACUGGAAAUUCUCGUAUUUCUCAUCAGCGUCGUAUUCCUCGAACUAAUCGUUUCACGCAAAAUCGAGAUAAUGUUCCUGGCUUACUAAGUAGUAGCAGCAGUAACAGUAGUCUAGUCGGAAGAUAUCGUACAAUAAGUGGAGUUAAUUCACGCCCACAGUCAAUUGAUCCGUCUACAUGUGAAUCUCAUUUGUCUCGUUUACUAAGGUUCGGUUCACUUCGAUUUGAUGAAACUAUCACAGAUGUAACUGAGACAUCAACCAGGAGGCAGGAUUCUCCUUUGGGUGACUAUUCAAAUGAUGAAUUUCCCGAACUUCCUGUCAGAUUAGGAUCAGGUCCUUGUAAUUUCCGCUCAGCUGCUAGUUCAUCUGCGAAUGCUAGUCCAUCUGUAACUUCAAAUGCACCAUCUACACCUAAUAACACUUCAGAAUCUCAGGAACAGACACAAUGUAAUUCCCCUAUCACUCCUACACAUGUAUCUUCGAUCUUGCCGUCAUCCAGUAUUAUCACAAAUUCUGACUGUAAUACCGAACAUUGUACUGGUUCAGUAACUCAAGUUAGCUGCUCAGUCACCACUACCGAUAUUCCUAGUUCUGAAACGACCAGCGUUUUUGUUCCAUCAACUCCAAAACAAUGUUCUGUCAAGUUUCCUAAACGUGGGGAGCUAGAUAGUCAAAGAGGUUCAAUCGGGUCAAGCUCUAAUUAUCAACCGGAGGCUGAUCAUGAUUUUUACCAGAACGACUGUUUCUCAUCUAAAGUAUCUAAUCAGAGCAGUGAUUAUGUGUACAGAAUGUAUGCUAAAUUAAAUGAACUUCGUUGUCAAGGCUUGUUUUGUGAUGUGGUUCUACAAGCCGGUACAACGAAAAUACACGCUCAUCGUAAUGUGUUGGCAGCUAGUUCUCAGUAUUUUCAUGCAAUGUUUACAAGCCCAAUGACUGAAUCCCGAUCUCCUUGUGUACAUUUUCAUGGAAUUGAAGGAUCAGCGCUUACCCAGUUAAUUAACUUCAUUUACACCAAUGAAAUUAGUGUGAAUGAAGAAAAUGUGCAAACCCUCUUACCAGCUGCAAAUUUAUUACAGCUCACAGCAGUUCGUGAUAUAUGCUGCGAAUUCCUGCAGUCUCAACUGCAUCCCAGUAAUUGUCUAGGUAUUCAAAAGUUCGCUGAUUUACAUAACUGUCAAAAUUUACUCGAUUUUAGUCGGCGCUUCACGGAGCAACAUUUCGGUGAACUACUGGAACAAGAUGAUGAAUUCUUGAAAUUGGAUUCAGAUCAGCUUGUGGAAUUAAUUUCAAGCGACAGGUUAGCUGUUUCAGAAGACCAAGUUUUUGAAGCUGUUCUUCGAUGGAUUGCACAUAAUCCAAAUGAGAGACAAUCAGAAGCUCAAAAACUCUGCUCACAUGUCCGAUUCGCCUUUUUACCACGCGAUUAUUUAGCAUGCCUAAGCCGGUCGGAUGCUUUUUUAACAGCGAAUCCUUGGUGUAAGGACUAUUUGAUUGAAGCACUUAGUUAUCAUUUAUUACCAUGGGACCGAAAACUACGGAUGGCCUCUGAACGCACAAAGCCACGAAUCCCAGAUAGGUUACCAAAAAUUCUACUUGUUGUAGGUGGACAAGCACCUAAAGCCAUCCGAUCUGUUGAAUGUUUCGAGUUUCAGGAAGGUUCCUUGAACUCUCUACAGACGAGUAAUCGUUCUGAUCCAGUUUUAGCUAGUCCAUCUACUUCAUCUCAUUCUGUUUCAAUGGAAUCCAUGAGUCUAGCAGUCCGCAGUGUUAAUUUCAAUGAUAGUGGUUCAAAUUCUGAUGCAGCAAUUAUAUCAGACCUUCCAAGUAGGCGCUGUCGCGCUGGCGUGGCUGUUGUAGAUGGUUUAAUUUAUGUUAUCGGUGGAUUUAAUGGUACUUUGCGUGUACGCUCUGUCGAAGUUUUUGACCGUAUACGCAACACAUGGCAUUCUGGUCCAAAUAUGGAAUUUAGACGAGCAACCUUAGGUGUUGCUGUUUUAAAUGGCUUGAUUUAUGCAGUAGGCGGUUUCGAUGGGAUUGUCGGUCUUAAUUCUGCCGAAGUUUUGGAUGUAUGGUCAGGUAGCUGGCGAUCUAUCCCAUCUAUGGCAUGUCAGAGGUCUUCAGUGGGCGUAGGUGCUGUGGACGGUAAAGUAUAUGCUGUUGGUGGGUUUGAUGGAACAGUACGUCGUUGUCUUUCAACUGUGGAAUGUUAUGAUCCAACUACUAAUGCUUGGUGUAUGGUAUCCGAAAUGGCAUUCAGACGAAGUGGGCCUGCAGUUUGUGCGCUGAAUAACCGUCUUUAUGCUGUUGGUGGUCACGAUGGUCCCGUAGUACAAGUUUCGGCUGAAGUUUAUUCACCUGAAACAGGAGUCUGGCAGCGUAUAGCUGAUCUGAAUGUUAAACGCAGAAAUGCAGGAUUGGUUGCACACGAUGGAUUUCUUUACGUGAUUGGUGGUGAAGAUGGCGAAAAUGAUUUAACCAGUAUAGAAAAGUACGACCCUGCUACAAAUACAUGGGCUUUACUUCCAACUAACCUUAGAGUCGGUCGAAGUUACGCUGGUGUUAUUAUCAUGGAACGUAAUGCUAUCUAAGGUAUCAUUAUUCACCUGAAUGUAUGACAAUGUGUUCAGUCUUUUCAUAAUUAUUUUCAGUUAUUGUUUUUGUGAAUCUUGGUCUUUAUUUUCUUACAUUCAUCUUAUUUUUAAGCUGAAUACUGUAAGCAAUUUUGUGUACUAUUUGUUUCAAACUGCCCUUAAUUUCAUUAUCAGUAUUCUCAUCAUGCAGUUGGCUCUGCCAUAGUUGUUGUUCCUUUUUCGUACUACUACAACAAUGCGUGAAGAUGUAGUUUAUAGUUCGAAUGUCAUUAAUUAUGAAUUAUUUAUCCGAGUAGAACACUGGAAAAUCUGCUUAUUUUUGUUUGUAUGUAUAAUCUUUCUACUGGUUUGUGUGUGUGUGUGUUUGUGUAAGUAUGUAUGUAUGUCUGUAUGUAUGCAUGAAAAGUUAAUAAAGCAUUUUGAUUUAUAUUUGCACGUUAUUGUACUUUAUUCUGCGUUAAGCGGGUAAUGGUAUAAAUUUAGGUUUCACAUACACUUAUGUGUAUCACGUGGUUAUAGCUGUGUGCUUCAACUGUUCUCUUACUGCGUUAACGCAUAUUUUACGUCUAAGGGUAUAGUGGUCUUAUUUGCGAACCAAUCUUGUGAAGUAUAGUUCUCAUGGUUGUCUGUCUACGUGAAUUCAACAUAAAAUUUCAUUGUCGAUCUCGUUUUUCAUCAUUUUUCAUGGAAUACGACAUGAGUCCAAUGUACCUCCGUUGCUAAUUUCCCUAUUCAUCUGUAUAUGGAAGAUGAAGUCUUCUGUGUGUAAAUAAGCGUCUAGUGUGUACAUUGUGUUCUGUGUCUGCUCACUAUAUUCUUUCAGUUCAAGUUGUUACAGUACUUACAUCAUCCUCUUGUACAAAAUUGUACGAACCAGUUUUCUAUUUGAUUGAAUGCCUGAUUUCUAGAAUUGUAUGGAUUUAUUCGUUCAUAUACGUAAACAGAAAUAAAAAUGGAAUUGUUUUCAACUGUUAUUACAGUCUAUAUUUCGUAUUGUCCAACAAUAUAUAUUACACAUUUGAUCAUAGGAAAUAAAAAAAGACAGUUGCAGCGAAGGAAAUUUUCUUUUUGACGAAAUCAUCAACUAGGCUGUACAUUCGUGUAUUUAUAAUAAAUGGGUAGGAAAGUUCCAGAAUAAUUUCCGGUCAAGGGUCAGAUAUACGUACUUACUUAUUGACUAACAUUUUAAAAUUACG